CCUCGGUUUUUCGGUGGAGUUGGGCGUGCGAAAGAAGUGGUAGUUGUUGGGCUGGAACGAACCCUUCCCACUCCCGCCGGUAGACGACGUCACCCAGCCCUUCCAAAUUCCUGGUGAAUCGAGAAUCUGUUCAAGUUUCCAUCUCAUUGUUUAUGCCGGUAUGAAUAUCAGCGAGAAAAGCACUGAAUGUCCAAAGUUGGCCCUGUCAUCAUCUUUCUCCCGUACGGUUUACUCUGAGAUUGAAGAAAUUGGAUGGGAACAUUUGGUGAAGUUGGCCGAAGAUCUAUCAUUUGUUACAUUUCGUGUUAUUGACAAGAAGGAAAGAGUUCAUGUGUUAGAGGUUUUGUUGAAUAAAUCUUAUCCAAACUGCCCACCAUCAGUUUCAGCUGAUGUACCUUACAUAUUCAAUUUGGAAUGGUCAACGAAUUCAAGACUUAUGGAUGUUGUGAAGCAAUUUAGACAGCAUCUGGAGAAGCUUCAACAAUUUUGGUCCACAUUGGAAGAUAUUGACCAAUCUCUCUGGGUUUCUGAUUCAGCACAGUUGCAUCGUGCCACUCCAUUCCGCCAUAUUAAUAUUGGAAAUGAUUGUUCUGUGAUUUUAUUGAUACAUGCAAGUAAUCCAAGAUCUUUACCAGAGUGUCAUUUUAUGGGUUCGGAUGAAAAAGUAAUAUUGCUUCGGGAUAAAUGGCGGAGGAAUUGCAAGAGAUGGAUGAAAGACAAACUAUUUACCGAGAAUCUAGCAAAUUUGUUAGAGGUUCACCUUCCAGGACCUCCAGGCGUUGAGAAAAAUGACCAGCAAAUUGAAUGUGGAAUAUGUUAUUCAAAAUUCCUCCCAAUAGAUGACGAACUUGGAGCUGAGAGUGGAGGCAAAACUGAUUAUACGUGUGAAAAUAGCACCUGCAGCAAGGCUUUUCACAGUGUUUGCCUUAGGGAUUGGUUACGUUCCAUCACGACAACAAGGCAGUCAUUCGAUGUUCUCUUUGGGAGUUGUCCAUAUUGCUCAGAGCCAGUGGCAGUCAAAAUUGGCCCACGAAUGUAGAUCAUUUUCCGCUAAGUUUCUUAUCCAUGAUCUCAAGGUAAGCAACCUAUUGGCUCAAUCUAAGCCUUGUUCUGAUUUAAUUAUUUUCCAAAAAACAUGCUACUUUAUGAUUUGCACCAAUGUAGAAACAGUGUAGGGGCAUUAUGACUGUAGAAACAAGAAACGAGAGUCGUUCUUUAGUGGUUGUAAGACAGUAAUACUUGAGGUAUCUAGACAAUAUAUAAUGUUAAUGAAACGUUUCUUCA